CUAUACUAAAGCCAUGCAACUGUACGAUCACAGAUUCUAUAACCGACUUCCAAGUGAGUACAAUGUGCUCUACGACGAGGCUAUUCCAAGGGUCCUUUUCGAUUACACACUUUACAUCAAGGACAUCAAGACUAGAGAGUUGAUUCAUGUCGGAUACACUCCCUUCUAUGAAAGCAACGAUCUGGUGAACACGAAGUUGAGAGAGGAAGUAGCAAAGACUCAGAAGCCGAAUAUUGAGUUCCUGCUGGAGACCGGUCAGUAUAUAGUAGGGUUCUACACUGGUCAGCUGGACACCAUAGCCUGUGUCAGUUCUGUGACCUGCGCGCUUCGUGGACUCCAGUGGUCGCAUUCUGCCGAAUACCUCAACGCCACCCACAACCUCUGGCACGUCUCCGGUAGACUAGCGGGCUGGACCAAGACUGCAGGUAAUCUGCUGGAGAUCGUUGUCAGAGCCUCCGGCCACUAUGUGCCAUUCGACCAGGGAGAAGUGGCUCUGGACAUUAUUAGGACCGUGGUGUCGAGUAAGCCUGGAAGUCUCACCCCGUUUAGUCAGUGAUCAAAAGUGAAUAGUGAGGAAAUACACUCACUGUAUGUAUGCUUUAACAUUUACUGUUCUGUGCCAAUCGUACAAAUUAACCCAUAUCCAUACGUUCUAUUGUGGGUUU